GGGCUAGUAGUCUGUCGUCAUUUCAGAACUUCACAGGACAUCAUGGCAGACGUUCUGAAAUUUAUUCGAGACUACACAGUCGCAAAUAAGGAGAUUACUGAACACGAUGGCCAGGUUAUAUUUGGUGAGUUCUCCUGGCCGAAGGAUGCUAAGACCAACUACGGAAUCUAUGGGACGGGCAAGGAUGCUGGGGAAUCCAAGGAAUAUUACUCUGUGGAUUCCAUCUUAUUUCUUCUGAAACAUGUCAAGCUUACUCAUCCUAACUAUGUGCGGCAAGCUGCUGCAACAAAUGUUCCUGUCGUGCGUCGGCCGGACAGAAGAGGUUUGCUUGCCUAUCUGAAAGGAGAAACAGCCACAUCUGCGAGUAUCGACAAAAGUGCACCACUUGAGAUCGCCGUACACCAAGCCAAGCGCACCAUUGAUGACACCCAAAAUGACCCGUCCAAGAAAAUCCGCUUUGAGAUGGAGCAAGUGCAGAAGGCCAAGGAGCGACUUGCGGCUAAGCUGGAGCCGUCAAAAGAGGGCGCUGUCGUCACCACCGAUCAGAUUAGGUCGCUCUCGGACACCAUGUCCGUGGAGAAGAUCGCAGCCAUCAAGGCCAAGCUGCGAGCCAAGAAGCGAACCACCAUCAAAGUUGACGACGAUGACCUAGGCACGGGGAUCCUGGAACAGCGCAGCUUCAUUGAUGCCGAGGUGGAUGUGACCAGGGACAUCAUGAGUCGAGAAAGACUGUGGCGGACUAGAAGCUCUAUACUGCAGAGCACUGGCAAGGAUUUCUCCAAGAAUGUGUUUGCAAUACUGCAGUCUGUCAAGGCACAGGAGGACGGCAAACAGACCAAGCCCACCACACAGCAGAGAACUGAACAAACUCCAGCCACACAACAGGAUCCACGGAGGAAGCAAGCAGCUCAGACACAGUACAAUCGUUACGAUCAGGAAAGAUUCAGAGGAAAGGAAGAAACUGAGGGCUUCAAGAUUGAUACUGGAGGCACGUACCACGGAAUGACACUCAAAUCUGUAACGGAAGGUGCCAGUGCUCGCAAGGCCCAGACCCCAGUCCCAGCCCCUCGGCGAGAGAUCACCCCCCAACCCAAGCCUCAGACACCCCAGAAGCGUGUCUCUCGCACCCCUAUCAUCAUCAUUCCAGCAGCCACUACGUCGCUCGUCACUCUGUACAACGCUAAGGACAUCCUGCAAGAUCUAAAGUUCUUCACAUCGGAUGAGAAGAAGGCACAAGGAGCUCGCAAAGAGAACGAUGUCCUAAUACAAAGACGGAAAGAUGACGGUAGCUCCGUACCAUACAGGGUCGUUGAUACAGUCAACAAACUGAGCCCGCAGGAUUGGGACCGUGUUGUUGCCGUGUUUGCGCAGGGUCCCGCCUGGCAGUUCAAGGGAUGGCCUUGGCUCCUGUCGGACGGAUCUCCUGUUGACAUCUUUGCAAGAAUCCGUGGCUUCCACAUUCAAUACGAGGAGAUGAAAUUGGAUCCCAACAUCAAGAAGUGGAACGUGCAUGUCCUGUUGGUCAGUCGUACUAAGCGUCACCUGGAUCGAGCCAGUCUGCUCAAGUUCUGGGAGAUUCUGGACAAGUACAUGAUCAAGCACAAGACCCAUCUAAGAUUCUAGGACAGCUCCUUCUUGAACAGACGCUACUUAAGACCGCAACUCGAGAUCAAGGCAAGAUUGACUGCAUCCAGCUGUAUCUUAUUUGAAGAGCGGGAAACAUUCUAUUCACUUCGCUCCUGCAUAGUUGAGGGCGCUAGACUGUGCAUAGCUACUACACAUUUCACUUGUAUCAUUCGGGAUUGUUGCCAAUUUGGUUUUCUGGAAUAAGACUUUACGCACAAAGUAAAUGGCUCCUGUUACCCUCGAGAAGAGAAGAUGGAUUGUUUUACCACUAGAUGGCAAGGUAUGCACAUAGAGGCUACUUUUGGAAAGGGUAAAUCAAUGGAAUAAAACACGAAGCAUUAUUAUUUUUUCAAAACAAAACGCACCCAAUAUUUCUAUUAAAUGAUUGGGCAAGUAUUCUCCAAGCACUUGUAAUAUCGAUGUUCCUUUUUUUCUCUUCCAAUUUCGUCUUGGGAAAAUUAAAAUGUUGAUGCUUCAGAGAUGUUAAUUUGUUUCAUUAUCCAUACUGGGUGCAAUCUUACUUAGCGUGAAAGUUUAGUGGGUAUUAUUACUAUUUUUUGUUUGAGUCUGUGUGUUUGGAGGGGUGUCAAAGUUGUAAGGCAGAAGUACUUUCGUUUCACCACGCCAUACAUUUGUACCAGAACGAAGCAUGUCAAAUUUCAACCAUUUGGGGAAACAUUAAACCCAAGUACGAAUCACACAUUAGGGUGCCUUCAGGAAUUUCUAGUAUAAUAAAGGGAUUCAGUCUGUUCAUGUAGUGUUCGAACUCUAGAUUUUCAAGCAGCGUUUUUCAUUUUCUUCCCAUUCCUUCCCAGCACUUCAUUGUAAAGGUCUUUUGUAAAUAAGAUUUUGUACUGUACAGUAUGCUCUAGAUGGGACAUAUGUAGGAUAGUUAAUUAAUUUAGCAACAUUUUCCGUGCUGAAUCAAUCAUGAGAAAUACACACAUGCAGCCAGUGCUUAAAAUAAAAGUUCUCUCAAGAUUUUGUAAAAGGCCUUAUUCACGUGUCGGCCAUAUUAAAUUGAAA